CUCAGUUGCUCUUCCACGUGCUCUCUACUCAAGUCUGGCGUUGAUCUGCAUCAAGCGAUUUCGAAUAUCUUGCAAGACUUUGUACUUUGUGUGGGUCUUGCAGCCAUGCAGAUGUUUGAUAUGUUGGAGAAGAAGAGAAACACACUGUAUUUGUAUUUGCUUAUGACAAUGAUAUGCAACGUCGUUUUGACUGUAUCAUCAGCCGAUACGAAUGGCAACAACAGCAUGUACAUUGGAGAAAAGGGAGAAAAGGGAGACGUUGGCCAUCAGGGUCUUCAAGGCGUACGCGGCUAUUCUGGCGAGAAAGGUGACAUUGGAUUAUUCGGGGAAAACGGAAUUAAGGGCGACCCGGGUUCAAGUGGAUCACCCGGUCCAAGAGGUCCCGUAGGUCCUCCUGGUGCAAUUGGCGAAACUGGAAAACAAGGAGUGUCAGGUCCACGAGGAGUAACUGGAGAUACUGGACCUCAAGGUCCAGUAGGUCCUCCAGGUUUGCCUGGUCUUAAAGGAGUCCAAGGAAUAAAGGGAGAGAAAGGAUACCAAGGAUCACAAGGCUUAGCAGGUUUAGAUGGAAAACCGGGCCCACCAGGACAUCCGGGACCAGAUGGUUCUUCCGGUGGAAAAGGCGUCAAGGGUGCUAGAGGCCUUACAGGGCACAAAGGAGAACAAGGUGGUCAAGGAAUACCAGGACCUACGGUCGACGACAACACAAGAAAUUUAAUGAAAAGAUGUUGUGAACCUGUCAUUGGCUUUCAGUCAAUAAUAAAAGAAAUUAUAAAAAAUAUAACUCAAAUGAAAAUUGAUCUGCUGAAUGUUUAUGACAAACCUGCAUUUCAUGUAGGAGGAAAUGGCCGUCAGGGAAGCUUUUCCUUUGGUCGAGUCAUCCAGUGGUACAGUGGCAGUGGAUAUUCCUAUUCUCCUUACGUUCGUGGAGGCAUGCAGUAUAGCAAUGGAUUUGUUACUGUACCAAGAGACGGUCUCUAUUAUGUUUACGUUCAGAUGAGGUUUUACAGCAGCUCCAGUUUCAGCUACUACAAAGAAGCAAAAUUCUGCGUUGCAAUCAACGGCUCUUGCCAGUUUUCCUCGCACACGUAUACUCAAGACUACGGCGAUUACUACACACCCUAUUCUGGGCGAUCUUUGCUACUCAAGAAUAAAGAUCAACUAUCCGUGCGAUUUCAAAGUACAGCUGGUUUAUAUUAUUUCACUCAUCAGUACACCUUCUUUGGUGCUUUUUUGAUCUAAUGUUUCAUUGCUCUCUGGAAUUUGUUGCUGUCCACGAUAAGACUUUCUUCGUCCAAAUCGUUUAUCAUUGCUUUCUUAUGAUUGGCUGUUGAAUUUAGUACUGCGACACACAGUAAUACUUACUGUAUCUUUAGCUUAGCAUUGCACGUUUUGUC